AUGACUCGCCUGAAAACUCCAAGCCACGGCUCAAUCUCGCUGCAGCUCGGGAGUUAUAAAGUGUCCUUGCGCAGGCACUGGAAGCCCUCUCCAAAUUACGACGCUCACCCCGAGCCCCCUCCAGUGUAUCCGCUCUGCGAGGAGGCGAUCCGGGUGUCUCCCAGCAUGCGGCUGGCCCAGGGGCUGGAGGGCGUCCUGCUGCUGUCACUGCCCCCGUCUGCUGACCAACAACUGUGGGACAUUCUGAAAGAUUCUGUUCCCACCCAGCUGCUACAGAACAACCUUGAGCCUUCUGUUCCUGGCCAACACAGAAUAUCACCAGUCCUACAGCUCCCAACUGCCACGGAACCUUCCCCACCCUUCUGCUCCCAACUGCCACGGAACCUUCACUGCCCUUCUGCUCCCAACUGCCACGGAACCUUCACUGCCCUUCUGCUCCCAACUGCCAUGGAACCUUCACUGCCCUUCAAAUCCCAACUGCCAUGGAACCUUCCCCGCCCUUCUGCUCCCAACUGCCACGGAACCUUCCCCACCCUUCUGCUCCCAACUGCCACGGAACCUUCACUGCCCUUCAAAUCCCAACUGCCAUGGAACCUUCCCCGCCCUUCUGCUCCCAACUGCCACGGAACCUUCCCCACCCUUCUGCUCUCAACUGCCACGGAACCUUCCCCACCCUUCUGCUCCCAACUGCCACGGAACCUUCUCCACCCUUCUGCUCCCAACUGCCACGGAACCUUCACUGCCCUUCUGCUCCCAACUGCCACGGAACCUUCCCCACCCUUCUGCUCCCAACUGCCACGGAACCUUCACUGCCCUUCUUGGUACCCGUUGGUUCAGGAAUGGAAAGAAGACCAGGUGGAAGAUAUCCUGGUUCAUGUGAAAGUGUGA